GAAAACAAGACAAGAAAAGAGAAAAAAUGAAGCUUGUUUGGUCCCCUGAAACAGCACUAAAAGCAUAUAUAGAAACUGUUGAAUCUUGCCAACUUUUUCAAGAAUCCAGUGUAGCGGAGCUUAUUUCAGCUACGGCGGCAGGGUGGAAUGCUAAACUAAUUGUGGAAACAUGGUCACAAGGCGGAGUUAUAGCAACGAGCAUUGGCUUAGCUAUCGCUAGUCGCCAAACAGAUGGAAGACAUGUUUGUGUAGUACCUGAUGAAAGAUCAAGAACAGAAUAUGCAGAAGCUAUGGGAGAGGCUGGGAUGUCGUCGGAAGUUAUGGUCGGAGAAGCAGAUGAUGUUAUGGAAUGGUUGGAUGGUGUAGAUUUUAUGGUGUUGGAUUCACGGCAGAAGGACUUCUCCCGGGUACUGAGGCUCACAAAGUUCAGUAGCCGAGGUGCAGUUGUGGUUUGCAAGAAUGCUAAUUCGAGAUCUUCGAAUUUUAGAUGGAGAGGUGCUCUUGAAGAAGGGUCUCGACGGAUUGUCAGGUCGGUGUUUUUACCUGUAGGAAAGGGUCUUGAUAUCGCGCAUGUAGCUGCGAGUGGAGGAAAUUCAGAAGAAAAGAAAGGUGAGAAAAAAUGGAUCAAGCACAUUGAUACACAAUCGGGAGAGGAACACGUUAUUCGAAAGUAAAUUCACCAAAAGCAAAUGAUUCACCUCUUUUCCUUAAAACUGGGUUUUUAGCAGGGUAUUUUAGCUUGUAUAUAUUUUUCUUGGCUGCUUUUCGUCUUUUAGGGCUAGGGCAGAUGUUCUCAUGUCUAAAUUAUAUAAUUCAGGAGAAAUGUUACCUAAUUCUUUGUUCAUUGUAAAGCUAUAAUUAUCGAUUAUUCUUCCCUUGCGUUCUUUUUUA